GGCAUAUUUUACGCAAGGCUGGCUCCAGUGAGCCCAAUCCAACUUAACCUACCUGUGGCCCGAUAUCUUCUCUUUCAAAAACAUGUCCGCUGGAUCGCUAGGCACACAAAAUUAGCAAAAUUUUAUGCCACUGAGAAUCUUUCGCUGGAGCAUCUCGUCCAUGCAAGAUGUCACGCAAUGUUGUCCUCUCCGUGAAUGGUCGGAAUGGGCUUGACAAAUCAACAUUGAGACAGCAGCCGGAACAGCAUUGGGACCUCGUCAGAGCAGCGUCCACGUCUAUCCAUGGAAUCAAUGGCACAGACGCACCAGAAGCAGUCCCAGGCGAACCUGCCGGUUUGCUCUCUAUCGAACUGCUUGAAUCUGAGUCCCGCCCAGAGGGUUUUGUUGUCAAAACUCUAGCCCAAGUGCCAGAAAACAGAAUUCCUCAAUUGACAGAAAUCCUCCCUCACCGGGAUGUUGUUUUUCAAGCAAUCGGGGGUGAUGGAGAGCCAGGCAGGAAAGGAGGCGACGGUACACCAGGGCGCGAUGGCAUGCCGGGGACAAAUGCAAGUAAAGCGCAGGAUGCUACUAAUGGAACUGCUGGUGGAACUGGAGGACGUGCUGGAGCGGGAUCGAACGGUGCAGAUGGCGGCAAGGGGGGAAUGAUCAAUAUUUGCGUAGAUGAAGAUAACACUCACCUGCUAUUGGCCACGACCUGGGAUAUAUCUGGGGGAAAUGGAGGAGGAGCUGGAGAGCAUGGAAUUCCUGGCCCUGGUGGCAAAGGGGGCGAAGGUGGGCGUAGCUUUACCUGGAACAAAAUGGCUAUCAAUAUCGUUGUACGGAAAAUUGCGCUGGACGGACAACUCAGCCUGCUUCGAACGUAAAGGCUCUUGCUAGCCGCACAGAUCCACGAAUGGCUCUGGUCAACACG